ACGAUCUAAAAACAAAUGCUGUAAGGUUCCAGGCGGGGGUCUGGGGAGCGCAGCAGCAAUGGCCAGCCACCUCGUGCUCAACAACAGCGCCAAGAUGCCCAUCCUCGGGCUGGGCACCUGGAAGUCCCCUUCAGGCCAGGUGACUGAGGCUGUGAAGGUGGCCAUCGAUGUUGGGUACCGCCACAUCGACUGUGCCCACGUGUACCACAUUGAGAAUGAGGUGGGGGUAGCCAUUCAGGAGAAGCUCAGGGAGCAGGUGGUGAAGCGUGAGGAGCUCUUCAUCAUCAGCAAGCUGUGGUGCACAUACCAUGAGAAGGGCCCGGUGAAAGGAGCCUGCCUGAAGACUCUCAGAGACCUGAAGCUGGACUGCCUGGACCUCUAACUUAUUCACUGGCCAACUGGCUUUAAGCCUGGGAAGGAAUUUUUCCCAUUGGAUGAGUUGGGCAACGUGAUUCCCAGUGACACCAACAUUCUGGACACGUGGGCGGCCAUGGAAGAGCUGGUGGAUGAAGGGCUGGUGGAUGAAGAGCUGGUGGAUGAAGGGCUGGUGGAUGAAGAGCUGGUGGAUGAAGAGCUGGUGGAUGAAGAGCUGGUGGAUGAAGGGCUGGUGAAAGCUAUUGGCAUCUCCAACUUCAACCAUCUCCAGGUGGAGAGGAUCUUAAAUAAACCUGGCUUAAAGUAUAAGCCUGCAGUUAACCAGAUUGAAUGCCACCCGUGCCUCACUCAGGAGAAGUUAAUCCAGUACUGCCAGUCCAAAGGCAACAUGGUGACCGCCUACAGCCCCCUUGGCUCUCCCGACAGGCCCUGCGCCAAGCCUGAGGCCCCUUCCCUCCUGGAGGAUCCCAGGAUCAAGGCGAUCGCAGACAAGCACAAUAAAACUACAGCCCAGGUGCUGAUCGAGUUCCCCAUGCAGAGGAACUUGGUGGUGAUCCCCAAGUCUGUGACACCAGAGCGCAUUGCUGAGACCUUUAAGGUCUUUGACUUUGAACUGAGCAGCCAGGAUAUGACCACCUUACUUGGCUACAACAGGAACUGGAGAGUCUGUGCCUUGGUGAGCUGUACCUCCCACAAGGAUUACCCCUUCCAUGAAGAGUUUUGA